UUCCUUGGCAAAGUCGUGCUAAAUAUGCUGCUGUCGAUAGUAUAAGACAGACAGGAAAGUUAACACAACCAGGUGGCAGGUGGCAUCAUUAUCCUCGGGCCUUGGAGCUGGAAUUUAGUAUUCAACGUCAGCACGCCAGCACAGCCAGCACAGCCAGUGAUCAUAUCAGAUCACCAUGAACACUCAAUACUUGACCAAUGGUAUUAUUGUAGACACACCAGGGCUUCAUACCCCAGGAUGUUCUCCAACUAUAGACAGCCCGGGCCGGCCGUAUUGGACGGAGGAGUCCAUAUCUCCGUGCUGAGGCAGUUCCUGUUCUGUCAACUCCCAUCGACAUUCCCAGCACGGUCUCACAUCGAAGCAUUCCUGACCCAGAGCUACGACCCCGAUCAGUUUUGCGGAGGUCUUCGCGCUGCAUCUGGGGGCGGUAUGCGCAGCAGAAGAUGCGAGACGGACGCCGUGCCUUCAGAUGCAAUGCUCCAAGAAGAAGCGAGGCAGAUAACAUCUGGUCCCAAGGAUCCUUGGGGCCAGACUAUUUCAGAAAACAACAAUUGGCUUGCUGCCCUUCGCAGUCAGCAUGUUGGAGAUGUAAGACAAGCGGUAGACAUGGGAUUUGGUGCAGUGUGAUUUAGCAGUAAAUUGGACAGCGGCCACCAAUCAGCAGAGUCCAAAUCCUGCGAGCACAAGAUAGAGAGUGAUCAGACACAAGUAAGGUGUCACAGUUCGUAAUGG